AUUGAGCAGCUCGUCGUUUGGGAUCCUCCCUCCCGCUCCUUUUCUUCUUCGUCUUCCUCCUCAUCCUCUCCAUCCGUCCGAGACUGGCAACGCGAUGCAAAGAUGGCGCAUCCGCUGCGCACAUCGCUGCCUCCGCUUCUCGUCCGCCUGGCGCUGCGCUUUAGACUUUGCGCCUACUGGUCGCUCGUCGCCGCCUUUUGUGCGCUUUGCGGCGCCGCGGCGCUGCUGCGGCUCUGCUGGAGCGCCAUCGCGCGGCCGACUGCCACCUUCCGCUGGACGCUGCGUGAGGCGCCGCCGGCGUGUCUGCACGACACGUCCUUGGGCACACACUGCUAUGUGCGCAUAAAGGAGUCGGGCCUAAGGUUUCACUAUGUGGCAGCGGGCGAGCGGGGCAAGCCCCUCAUGCUCUUCCUGCAUGGCUUCCCCGAGUUCUGGUUCUCCUGGCGCCACCAGCUGCGUGAGUUCAAGAGCGAGUUCCGUGUGGUGGCGGUGGACAUGCGAGGCUACGGGGAGUCGGACCUGCCACUCGCUGUGGACAGCUACAGACCUGAACUGCUGCUCACCGACGUCAAGGACAUGGUGGAGCACCUCGGCUACAACCGUUGCUUCCUGGUGGGUCACGACUGGGGAGGCACCAUCGCGUGGUUGUUUGCCAUCAACUACCCGGAGAUGGUUGCCAAGCUCAUUGUCCUCAACUGUCCGCAUCCAUCCGUCCACGCAGACUAUGCCUUGCGCCACCCCAGCCAGAUGUUGAAGUGCAGUCACUUCUUCUUCUUCCAGCUGCCUCGCCUGCCUGAGCUCAUGCUCUCCAUCAACGACUUCAAGGCUUUGAAGGCCUUGUUUACCAGCCGGAGCACCGGAAUGGCCCGGAAAGGAAGAUGGCUGACGGCGGAAGAGCUGGAAGCGUACCUGUACGCGUUGUCGCAGCCGGGCGCUCUGACAGCCGCGCUCAACUACUUCAGGAAUGUUUUCAGCUCUCUGCCGCUGAGCCAUAACCAGGUGCGGUCUCCAGUGCUGCUCCUGUGGGGUGAGCGUGACGCCUUCGUAGAGCAGGAGAUGGCUGAGGAGUGCCGGGUGCACAUCCGCAAUCACUUCCGCCUCAACGUCAUCUCGGGGGCCAGCCACUGGCUGCAACAAGACCAGCCCGACAUCGUCAACACGCUCAUGUGGACUUUCCUCAAGGAAGGCGACAGCCGCAAGGGCCACAGGAACUGAUGGACGGACGGGCAGACACUGGCGUUGCCAGGCAACAGAGCGAUGACGCAACUGCCAGUUUCAAAGCACACUUUGAGGCGGACGUGGCUGAGAAUGACGCAGGGACUUUUAUUCACAGUGCAUCCAGAAUACACAUUUUGUUAUCUUGCACCCUUAUUUCAAAUGGAUUGAAUUCAUUUUUUUGGAGGGCAUUCCAAAACACACACUUCAGUCAAAUAUUUGGGGGUGUACAAUACCUCCUGCUUUGUACCACCGCACACAUUCCAAAGUUCACAGAGCCGCCAUUUUGAUUUUAUAAAUAAACACACUUCCUGUCA